AUGGACCACAAAUAUCGAGUAUAUUCCCCCAGCUUUGAGGACAUGGAUGAAAUAGUUCCAAGCUCGCAAGAAACUGAAAUUGAACUGACUGCUGCCGAAUUGUCUAAGUUCAUUCAGAAUCAAAAGGCAGCUAUCGAAAGUGAUCCCGAAAUAUGCCCGGAAAGAAUUACGGUCUUCGAGGAGACUGAUUCAGACAAAACACUUGUCGACAUUCAUAUCAAUUCUGAUGGAAUUAUUUGCGCGCUAUGCUCAAAACCAGUCGUUCUUUGGGACGACAGAAGAAAAGUGGCAUUGUAUGCAACCCCUACUAUGUACACUCGACUUGUUCGGACACUGCUUCACCCUCAAGAGGUAGUCAAUCGGAUGCUCUUUGACCCCAGUGGAGUGAACCAGGAUAUCAUUGAAAAAAACCUUUGCCUCAUUUCCCGCAUUCAUGGAUUAGAGGGGGAGGUUCGUAUGAAGGAUGCACAGCUGUCUCGUCUUCAAGACGGACUAGAGAAUUUACUGGCACGUAGUCAGAAACAUUAA